AGGGCCGCGGCGGCGGAAGUCAGCAGCGGGCUGGGUGAGGCACGGCUGCGCCCCCGCCCCUCGCCCCCACCCCUCUCCCGCGCCCCGCCGAGGAGCCGCCUCCCCUCUUCCCCCUCCUCCAACCCACCGUGCCCCGAUUCACCCGCUAGCCCCGACGAACGGACAGACGUGGCUGCGCCGCCUCCGGGCUUCCCCGGCUCGGCUUCCCCUCCUCCACGGGCGGCCGCCGCGGCCUGGCCAGGUGAGGAGGUUGUUACUGGCAGAAGUAUUGCAGAGAUCUGAAUCCUGGAACUUGCUUUUGAGAGCUUGAAACAAAGGACUUCUUUCUAAUUUGGACAUGGCUAAUCGAGGAGCAACAAGACCCAAUGGGCCAAAUGCUGGAAAUAAAAUUUGCCAGUUCAAAUUAGUACUUUUAGGAGAGUCUGCAGUUGGCAAAUCAAGUUUGGUGCUUCGGUUUGUAAAAGGACAGUUCCACGAGUUUCAGGAAAGUACAAUUGGAGCUGCUUUUCUAACCCAGACUGUGUGUCUCGACGAUACAACGGUAAAGUUUGAGAUCUGGGACACAGCUGGGCAGGAACGGUACCACAGUUUAGCACCCAUGUACUACAGAGGAGCACAAGCAGCCAUAGUGGUAUACGACAUCACAAACGAGGAGUCCUUUGCGAGAGCGAAAAACUGGGUCAAAGAACUUCAGCGACAAGCAAGCCCUAACAUUGUAAUAGCUUUAGCAGGAAACAAAGCUGAUCUAGCUAACAAAAGAGCUGUGGAUUUCCAGGAAGCACAGGCUUAUGCAGAUGACAACAGCUUACUGUUCAUGGAGACAUCUGCCAAAACAUCUAUGAACGUUAAUGAAAUCUUCAUGGCAAUUGCCAAAAAAUUGCCCAAGAAUGAACCACAGACUGCAGGAGCCAACUCUGCCAGAGGAAGAGGAGUAGACCUUACCGAACCCACACAACCACCCAAGAGUCAAUGUUGUAGUAACUAAAACAUCAGUUGCUUUAAACUGUUCUGAAUAUUCUUCUGCUUCCUAACUGUUAAUAACCAUGGAAUUGGAGUGCUUAACCUGGCCCAGUACUGCUUCCAAACAGCAAAGAGACUUAUGAUAAUAGUCAAGUUCAUGAUACAGAGUUUUCUUUUGACCUAAAAUUUUAACAUGCAUGUAUCCACCACUGGCUGUAAUGUUUCAGCAGUAGAGGAGAGAUGGAAUCAGAAUAAACUUCCUUCAGCUGAAA